UGCCUAAAAUGUCGUCUGAUCUAAAAAAACUCUCCGAAGAAAGCCUUACAAGGCAACCAGAAGAAGUGUUUGACAUAAUAUGCAAACUAGGAGAAGGCAGUUACGGCAGUGUCUUUAAAGCGUUGCACAAAGAAACCAGUCAAGUUUUAGCCAUAAAACAAGUCGCAGUUGAUACAGACUUACAGGAAAUCAUCAAAGAAAUCUCCAUUAUGCAACAAUGCGACAGCCCUUACGUCGUUAAGUACUACGGAAGCUACUUCAAGAACACAGAUCUUUGGAUCGUGAUGGAAUAUUGCGGAGCAGGAUCAGUUUGGGACCUAAUGCGUCUCAGAAAAAGAACUUUAAAUGAAGAAGAAAUCUCCACGGUACUAUCGGACACUUUAAAAGGGCUCGAGUAUUUGCAUUUAAGAAGGAAGAUUCACAGAGACAUAAAAGCCUGCAACAUUUUAUUAAAUUCUGAGGGACACGCAAAACUAGCCGAUUUCGGUGUGGCCGGUCAGUUAACGGACACAAUGGCAAAACGAAACACUGUGAUCGGCACGCCAUUUUGGAUGGCCCCGGAGGUUAUCCAGGAAAUUGGCUACGAUUGUGUGGCGGACAUUUGGAGUUUAGGAAUCACUGCUCUGGAAAUGGCUGAAGGGCAGCCUCCUUAUGGCGAUAUUCAUCCUAUGAGGGCCAUUUUUAUGAUCCCAACCAAGCCUCCGCCGUCAUUCAAAGAGCCUGACAAGUGGAGCCCUGAGUUCAUUGAUUUCAUCAGUGCUUGCCUCAUAAAGAAUCCUGAGGAGAGAUGCACUGCAACUGAUCUUCUUAGUCACGUGUUUAUAACCAAUGCCAAGCCUCCAGCCACCCUUAUUCCUAUCAUCCAGGAAGCACAUGAGAUUAGAGAGAAACCAACUUAUCGUAACGUCUCAGUUAAUAAUGACGUGUUGGAUGAUACUGCAGCGGAUGAGACGAUCAUUUCCUGUGUAGACGAUGGAACUUUGGUACCAGAUAAGGGAGGCACUUUGGUUCCUACUCCCUCCGGCACUUUAGUAGAAAUAGAAGAGGAUUUGGGCACGUUAAUUAUAAACAGCGACGACGAAACGAUGAAAAGGCACGGAACGAACUCGCAAAAAGGCAAAUACCGCCCCAAGUUCCUCGACCAUUUCGACAAUAAGUUGGCCACUGAGGAGAGCAAAAAAGUACUGAAAAACAUUGAAGACUGUAUCGAGCCGGAAAGCGUCGACCGCAUUAGAAACGACGUGCAGUUAUUAGCGAAACACCAAGCGGAAAUGACUGUGGGCGAACCGAAACAAGUCCAUAUUAUCUUGGAAGCGGAUUACGAGUUUUUGAAACAUCUUAGUUUGGAGGAGCUGCACGAGAAGAUGAAAAGUUUAGAUGCGGACCUGGACAGGGAAAUUCAAGAGUUGAGAAAGAAAUACGAGGCGAAACGGCAGCCCAUCUUGGACGCAAUGGAUACGAAGCGUAAGAACGUACAGAAUAAUUUUUAGCAAUACUUGUAUGUUGUGCUUUGCGCAAUUGAGAACUAUAUUGGGUAUGUAAAUAAAAUUAUUUGUACUA